GUUUAGGAAUUUGUAAAGGACCUCACUUCCGGUAGCCUUUCCGUUUACCUCCCGCCAAGAAUGGUGUGAGGUCUGUGUUGACAUCUCCUGUGAAAUCUAGUCGGAUACGAUGGUUGGGAUUUAAAGACAACCCCAACCCGGCUAUAGAAGACACACAUCCCAGUGAAUCACAGGAUACGUUUCUAUAUAUAUAUGGAUGGACGACUGUUAGUGUGACAUACUUCUAUAUUCUGCCAGCAUGGAGUUUUCUCUUUUAUACGUCACACUAUGCUGUAUAAUUGUAAAAGAUGUCGUGGGUCAGUCUCGGCGACAACGUCAGUGCGAGCAAGGCAGCUGCUACCCCGCCACAGGAGAUCUUCUGAUUGGUCGAGGAAAGCAACUUAAAGCAUCAUCCACGUGCGGUUUGAACAAACCGGAGAGAUAUUGUGUUGUGUCAUAUCUAGAAAAGCGGACAAAGUGCUUUCAGUGCGAGUCGCAAGAUCCAUGGCAGUCGAAAGUACAUGAAAACAGCCACCGGAUCGAGAACAUUGUCUCGUCAUUCAAAGACAGACGAGAUCGGUGGUGGCAGGCUGAAAAUGGUGUUGAGAAUGUUUCAAUUCAGCUGGAUCUUGAAGCAGAGUUUCAUUUUACUCAUUUGAUUAUGACAUUUAAAACAUUCAGGCCAAAGGCUAUGUUUAUAGAAAGGUCAUAUGAUUUUGGUAAAACUUGGAAAGUGUAUCGUUAUUUUGCUCAGAGCUGUCGCAAAUCUUUCCCUGGAAUUCCAAGAGGACCCGUGCGGUCAAUGACUGAUGUUAUUUGUCAGACAAAAUACUCAGCGGAAACACCGUCAACUCAGGGAGAGGUCAUUUUCCGUGUGUUGCCGCCAUUCAUUCCCAUCAAGGACCCAUACAGCGAACAGGUGCAGGAUCUGCUCAAACUCACCAACUUGAGAGUAAACUUCACGGAACUCCACACGUUAGGUGACACUCAGCUGGACAGCCGUUCAGAGAUCAAGGAGAAGUAUUAUUACUCUGUGUUUGACAUGACCGUCCGAGGGAGCUGCUCCUGCUAUGGCCACGCCUCCAGAUGUUUGCCGGUGCCGGGAUUUGACUCACUCCCAAACAUGGUGCAUGGCAUGUGCGAGUGUACACACAACACCAGGGGCCUGAACUGUGAGAUGUGUGACGAGUUCUACAACGAUCUGCCAUGGCAGCCAGCGAGGAGGAACCAGCCAAAUGCUUGUGCGAAAUGCAACUGCAACAAUCAUGCUGCCCAGUGUCACUUUGAUCCAGCGGUGUUUGAGGCUACAGGUCGUGUCAGUGGCGGCGUCUGUGACAACUGCCAACACAACACACAAGGACGCAAUUGUCAGGAGUGUAAACCCUUCUUCUUCCAAGACCCAAACAGAGACAUACGGGACCCAGAGAUAUGUCAACCAUGUGACUGUGACCCAGUUGGAUCCGAGCGGAAUGGCGAGUGUGAGGGUCGUACAGACGAAGUGCUUGGCCUGGAGGGUGGUCGAUGUCGGUGCAAGCGCCAUGUCCGAGGGUCACGAUGUGACCAGUGUGUGGAGAACUACUGGAACCUUCAGACAGACAACCCACUCGGCUGUGAUGCCUGUUCGUGUAACCCUCUGGGAACGCUGGGAGACUUUGGUUGUGACCAGUACACUGGCCUCUGUCUGUGUAAGAGAUACGUCACUGGACAGAACUGUGAUGAGUGCCACCGAGGCUUCUACGGUCUGAGUGAUGGCCCUUAUGGAUGUGAAGCUUGCAACUGUGACAUAGGUGGCGCUCUCAGCGAGUCAUGUGAUCAGUAUUCGGGACAGUGCACCUGUCGGCCAAACAUCAUCGGCAAACACUGCAAGCAGGUGAAUCCAGGCUACUUCUACGCUGGUUUGGAUUAUUACACGUACGAAGCAGAGUUUGGACGCGGCAGUGGGAAUGCUCGAGUGUACAUCCGGGAACCAAUCCCAGGUGGUCCUUCGUACUGGACAGGACCAGGCUACAUGAGGGUGAUGGAGGGCGACAGCAUCGAGUUCACCGUCAGUGACAUCAGCUUCCCCACCUACUACGACAUCAUCCUCAGAUAUGACCCAAGGAUGCCAGAGAUGUGGGAGGAUGUUCGCGUGACAGUGGUACGACCGGACCAGGUGGACCCAGAUGGUCUGUGUGCUGACUUAAUCCCUCAGGAUGACAUCAAGUCUGUCACCAUUGAACCAGGUGCACGGUACCAGCUGGUGACCCCUCCAUCCUGUCUGGAAAGCGGCAAGACGUACACCAUCAGACUGGACUUCCAGCGGUACAAGCAAGGCCAGCAGACACCAGACGCAACCAUGUUUGUUGACUCUUUGAUGCUGGUCCCCAACACCGACGCCAUCCCGAUCUUCCAGAUCCCCGGACUUCACGAGUACAUGAAGAACGACUUCCUGCGCAACCGAUGUCGUCAGCUGCAGUUCAACUCCAUCCAGCCAGAAAUGCCAGACGUCUGCAAGGGCCACAUCUUCAGCAUCUCCUCUGUGCUCCACAAUGGAGCCAUCGACUGUGACUGUGACCCAACUGGUUCCUCGAGUCGUGAGUGUAACCCUGAGGGGGGUCAAUGCCCCUGCAAGCCCAAUGUGGUUGGAAGGAGAUGUGACCAGUGCGCACCUGGGACGUACGGCUUUGGGCCCAACGGAUGUACAGCGUGUAACUGCCACAAUAUUGGCGCCAGAGACAACUUCUGUAAUGAGCAGUCUGGCCAGUCGUGUAUACAGAACGCCUACGGACGUGCCUGUGACAGUUGCCGCGUUGGGUUCUGGGGCUUCCCCCAGUGUCGGCAGUGUCAGUGUAACGGCAACGCCGACACCUGUGAUAACCUUGAUGGUCGCUGUAUCGGAUGCCGCAACUUCACCGGCGGACAGUACUGCGACAGAUGUAUGAAUGGUUACUAUGGCGACCCCCGUGCUGGUGCGCGUAUUCCCUGCCGCCCCUGUCUCUGCCCAGGUGGACCUGGCUCCGAGAACCAGCAUGCCGACACCUGCGGCCUUGAUCCCAGGACCAACUCUGUAACAUGUGACUGUUACCCUGGAUACGACAGACCAACAUGUGAUCGGUGUUCCGAGAACUACUUCGGCAACCCGCUGUCCCCUGGUGGCAGCUGUGAGCAAUGUUUCUGCAACAACAACAUUGACCCCGACGUCCCCGGCAGCUGCGACCGUGACAGUGGCGAGUGCCUCAAGUGUCAGUUCAAUACCGAGGGCUUCAGCUGUGAACAAUGUGUCUCUGGUUACUACGGAGAUGCCACAACUCAAGACUGCAAGAGCUGCGUCUGCCUCAGUCUGGGUACAGAUGCCAAUGGUGGUCAGUGUGACCGUCGCAACGGUCAGUGCCCCUGUCUGCCUAACGUGGUCGGUCUCCGAUGUGAACAGUGUGCCCCAAGCCACUACAACCUACAGAGUGGGAAGGGGUGUGAUGCCUGUAACUGUGAUCCGGAGGGAUCUCUCUCCACUGAGUGCACACAGCUGGAAGGUCAGUGUGAGUGUCGGGCCGGGAGAGGAGGACAGACCUGUGGUGACUGUGAGGACUUCUUCUGGGGAGACCCUGUCGACCAAUGCUUCCCAUGUGACUGCGACCCCCAGGGAUCUAAAUCCAUGCAGUGUGACCGCCGCACUGGUCAGUGCGUGUGCGAGCAGGGUGUCACAGGCUACAAGUGUGAUCGAUGCGCUAGCGGGACAACUGGAGAUCUGCCCAACUGCGUGCCUUGUGGCGAGUGCUCCGACAACUGGGAUAGAAUCAUCCGUGAUCUCAGAGAUCAGACUCACAGCCUGGUGGAGACCGGCAACAAUAUCUCAGUGACAGGUGCCAUCAAAGCAUUUGAUGAUGAGUUCAAGCAGAUGCAGAACAACAUCGAUGAGAUCCGUCGUAUCCUGUCCACCGCCAACGUCACCAGAGUGGACGUUCAGGACAUCCAGAACAUGCUGGACACUAUCAGACGUAACUUGACUGAAAGCAACAAAUCCCUGAAUAAUAUCGACAAGGAGCUCAGUAACACGACUUCCCGUGUACAGAGCGGCAACAACCAGAUUGGCAUCUUGCAGGGCCGUGUGAAGAAGUUGAAGAAUCUCGCUGAGGAGCUGAGAGCAAACGCCACUGACAUCCAGGCCCGUGAUGUAGAAGGUGCCUUCAACAUCACUCGGGAGGCUGAACGUCGAUCUCGUGAAGCCCAGCGGAAGGUUGAUGAUACACAGAGGACUGUUCAGGAUUCAGAGAGGACCCGGCAACAGGUGGAUGCCCUCAUAGACCAGAGAAGAGAUGAUUUCAACAACCGCCUCAAAGAAAACAAGGCUUCUCUUGAUGAACUGGAUGGCAAGGUGUCAUCACUGGGAGGCAGGCUUUCUAAUCUGAAUGAGCAGGUGUGUGGAAGUCCAGCAGAUCCAUGCGAUACUCUGUGUGGUGGUGGCGGUUGUGGACGUUGUGGAGGAGCAAGCUGUGGAGCUGGUGCCGUCACCAAGGCCGACAAAGCUCUGAGGUAUGCCCAACAGGCUGCAGACAUCUUGGACUCGAAGCAAACGGAAGCCGAUACCACACUGACAAAUCUCCAAUCAGCCAAGCAGGACGCGGAGCAAGCUAAAGCAGAUGCCAAGAUGGCGUACGACCAAGCCCUGCUAGCCAAGAACCAAUCAGAAUCUGCCAGGGAAGACCUUGAAGACCUCCUCAACAGAGUCAGACAGUUCUUCAGUGAGGAGUCUGCCAAGCCAGAGAGCAUUGAGAAGGUCGCACAAGAGGUGCUGGCAAUGAGCAUCUCCCUGACUCCCGCUCAGAUUGAGGAUCUGGCUGACAAGAUCAACAGAACCAUCCAAGGUCUGCAAAACAUUGACUCCAUCCUGGAUGAAACUAGGGAUGACUUGGCAAAGGCCAAGAGACUCAAGCAGAGAGCAGAUGAUGCAUCAGAGGAUGCAUCUGCUAUCCAGAAAACAGCAGAGGGUGUUCUCAGUGCCCUGGAUGGAGCUAAGAAGGCCCAGGAGGAAGCUGAGACGGCUAUCAUCACUGCUGAGGCCAACAUCCGUGACGCGGAGGCAGAUCUGGCCAUGAUCGAGUCGGAAACUACCUCAGCAGCAGAUACGUCCAACAGGAGUAUGACUAUCUUGGACAGGCUCAAGGCACGUCUGAGUGAUCUCCGCAAGAAGUACAACCAGAACAAAUUUGAAGUAGAAGAAGCAGAGAAGGCCUCCAGAGAUGCCACAGAUCUUGCCAACCAGGCAGAGAGGGAUGCAAAUGACCUUGACAACAAAUAUCAAAGCGCAGCUGGUCGUUUAAACAACAAGUACAACAUGACGUCUGAUGCACACGAGCGUGCAACGCGGCUGAAGAAGAGGGCAGAUGAACUGGCUGCUGGCACCCAGGAGAAAUAUCAGAACUUGCAGCGAAUGCAGAAAGAUUUUGAGGAAAAUAACAAGACCCUGAAUGAGCUGUCAGACAUGAUUGACGAGCUUAACAGACGGAUGCAGGAGUACCUGGACAAAAUACAAGAGAAAUCAAAAUAUUAUCGUAACUGUUAAUUGUAUCAUUUACCAAUCUGUGUCGCCCAGUUUCUCGUAAGCCAUGCUUGUUACCCAAUAGCUGACUAACAGGGUGUCGUCUGUCGAAGUAGAUGCAUCCCUAAGGAACGGUACAAGGAUGUGAUUAUCUUUAUCCGGCUUCCAGUGUUUAAACCCUGGACAACCAUCGUCCUUGUUUGUCAACAGCACUGAUUUAGUCACCAUGGGACGAUCUUGAUUCCUGUGAUGGAAGAAAGAGUUACCUCCCUUCCACUCCUAGUAUAGACUAGAUUUCCUGCAUGCAGUCGUCCGCUGGUCUCUGUACUUUAUUUAAAUGUUUGACAUCAUGUGAUUUUACUCCAUUUUAUAUCUUUGUAUGUGAAAUUGUAUUUUUGUAUUGUAUAUACCUACCCAGUCCUGUAGACAUGUCUGUUUUUAAUCAGUUUUGAUAAUGGCAAUUUUUGUUCAUGAUUUUUUCAAAGUUAAUCACUUGACCAUGAAUUUUUGCCAGUUGAUGUAAACUUGUUUUUUAAGAAUGAUCUGAUAUUUUAGAUAAUCUUUUCAGUGUUAAUGGUAGAUAUAUUUUGAUAUGAUCAUGUAUUUCAUACGAAAAAGUAAAAAAAAUAAUCAUGAUUCAAUCACUUUGCUCAGCUUUGACAAUGAUCUGUUGAUAUUCAUUAGCAAUAUCAUUCAGUCGUUAAGAAGAAAUAGUAAUUACUUCCCUCCUUCCUAGCUGGGCUAUCAACCUUGCUUUACCUCAAGUUUACCUGUAUAAGGAUUCUGCUUAACAGACAGGUGCAAGUGUCUGAGAUAGUGUUUUCACCAGUCAAUUUUCGAAUGGUACUAAAUGUCGGUAUAUUCUCAUUUUUGCCAAAAACUUAAUCACUUUCAUUUUCAGAUCUAGACAGGUGACAAAACUAUUUGUUGUACAAGAUUCACUACAAGUUUGACUUGAUGGUUGGUUAAAAUGUUGUAAUAUUAGUGAUCUUCUACAUUGAAAAACACAGUAAAUACAAAUUUGGUAUUCCUAAUAAUUAAGAGAUGGUGAUAUCUGCCCAGACAAGGGAGAUAAUCGGGUUUGUCUAGGCAAGGGAGGUAAUCCAGCUGGCAACAAAACUUCAAGGUGCUGCGUGAACCAAUACUCUGUACAGCGUGUAUAUUUAUGCCAUGUAGAAUGCACUAGACCAGUAGGCAUUUCACGUAUAUAAAGGUAGAAAACAAUAAUCAUGCUGAAGUCUGCUACUUUCCCUUAUCAGGCUCCGAGCAAUCUGCUAGUGAUUCAUAUAUGCAUUUUAGGGCAUUGGUUAUUGUAUUUUGUAUGUAAGAUCUGAAGUUUCUGUUUGAUAUUCAAGGAUAUUAUGCAAAGUAAAAUUACAACUUAUACAAAAUCUUGGAACGGUUGAGUUCCUGGUAAUAUCUUUUUCAGUCAACAGGAUACAAGUAGUAGUUAUACCCCCAUAGCAGUUUAGUGCCUAAAAGUUGCCAAAAGUGCGAGAACACUUACCAAAUAAUGAGCAGUGUCCAAUUCUAAUCCUGAUUUGGCCAUUUUGAAAAAGUUAAUUUUGGUAUCGAGGAUCUUGUCAUCGGGAUUUAGUUUCAUGUGGUAUUUCUAUGUCAGUCAUGAACAUUGGCUUGUUCAUUUACAAGUUGUCUCAGUUAUUACAUGCAUAAUUCCCUCGCUAUUCAGGUCGACCAGUCACCUCCCUACCAGGGGAGACAACUGCUCAACUGCAUCAAACCAAUGACAUGUAGUGAUCAAAAGUAGAAUAUCCAAAGCAGACUUACACCAUUUUGUAAUUUUUAUAUCACAAGUCAAUAAACUUCUAUUUCUGAUA